CCCGGCUGAUUGCUGGUUGUUCGUAAGAGUUGGAAUUUCUCGUCGCAAUUCUUAUUUUCUUUUCCAUCCAGAGACGGAACGGAGACUUGAGGAAAGGCACCGAUCUUGGUUAAGUUUAACGAGGGAUUAAUUUGAAAAAAAUUCUAACCUUUCGCGCUUUGAUCUAAAUAUAACCUAGAAAUUUUACACAUUUAAUCCGCCCCUCGGCGAACCGUCGUUACAUCAAAUCUUUAACACUGGAAUUAUCGACCUGUAAAGUGUCCCUUAAUAUAUUAUAAAUAGACGAUUGGAAUUAAAGCGGCACGAUGAAAAUAAAUAGACGUGCUAUAUGAUCGUGUUUUUUAUCCCAAUAAAAAUCUCGACAUUAAUUUUAUCGGAGAUAACUGUGCGUGAUGCACGUGUGCACGCGUGUGUUUUUUAACAACUGCAGUUUUAAAAAGGGCAGUUUUUUUUUUUUUAAAUAACGUACUUAUGAAAAUUUCGUUUCGAAGGGAUUUUUCAUUUCCAUGUCCUGAUCAAUCGUGCAAAUUUUAGGUUAUGUACUGGGUUAUUGUUUCGCGUUCAUAGCAAUUUUUUCUACAGUUCCAUUUACGUUUGCGCAGAGUGAAAUACUCGUGUUCCGAUAUUGAACCUCCUCAAAAAAUGUAAACAGUUUGUAAGCAAAAUUGGUUACAAAAAGAUUUUAUUAUAACAAUCGCGAUACCUUUCUCCUUGAUUGAAUUUGAUCUUAUAUCGUUAUAUUCGUGUUUGCGUGACCCAAUUACAUACAUGGGAAAUUAGUCUGAGUUUUCGUAUUAAAUUUCGUUGGAAUCAAAAAUAUUCAAUUAUUUAUCAACUUAUCAACUUAUAUAUUUCCCGGAUGAGUAAAAUUAAAAAUAAUAUAGGGAGAUAAAAGCAAUGUGUGUACAACAUCGACAAGCUUUUCCCGAGUUUUCUUUGCUCGCGCGGAGAGCGAAGAGAAAAAAAAUUUGUCACAAUCACAAAGAAAUUAUUAUCGAUAAUAUCGUAUCGUUUUUUCCAACUUUUAUCGAUAAACUUAAAAUUUUAAAACCGAAACGCAGAAAAGGAGAACGGAUCGUUCUAAAAUAUUCUAAAAAUUUGAAGAAAUUGUUUUCAAUCGAUCUGAACGGUCAACGUCCAGUUUAGCCGGUCCAGCUAAUUAAAACGACGAUGCGAGCGAAAGGGGUGAACGAACAACUGGCAAGUUCGUAAUUAAACUCGCCCUGAUCGUCGAAGAGAAUUGUUCCGAUUCAAAUAUGCGUUGUCGAUUCCGAUCGAUCGAUCCUUGAUGAAAGAAUUGCUAAUCGCCUCUCUUGCUCCCCUGUCGCGAUCGAUUAGCAUCGUAAAUUCUUCCACCUACGAGCUCGUCAUGAUUAUUAAGAGAGGAGUUUUUCGAGAUGGACUAGUUCGAAAAUUACCAGAGAAUUUUCUUCGUUGACACUUGAAUGAUCGAUGGGGCGAAUUAAGGAUCGGUCGGGUGGAAUUUAUGAAUUUUUCCUUUUUUUAUUUUCUUAUUUUUGUUUACAAAGAAUGUCCUGUUUGCAAUAGAACGAGGCCUAAUCAACUCGAUUGAUUAAUCUCCCUUCUGAAAUCUGGGCGUGUGUGUAUCCAGGUCGCGAGAAUUUCCUUAUCAAACUGAUCUGAAUUCUUUCUCUCUUUUUUUUCUCUCUCUCUUUUACGAGAGAUUAAAAUUCAAGGCUGCAUACACGUUACGGGAUUAUAAAAUUCAAGGUUGCGCAUAAACUUUUAAACGCACAAAACUCGAAAACAAAAGUGUUUCUAAAUUAUUCCUGCCACUGUUUCCUUCUUUCUUCCCUUUCUUAUCUUAUCUUUUUCCUCUCCCCGAAACGACAACAACAAUAAUAAUAACAAUAAUCGCGGUCGCCUCGACGCGAGAAAGAUAUCGGGUUUCGAGGCCAGGACUCGAAUCGCGUUACAAAUUUGGCCGGACGAUCGCGAAAGCGAAAGUUCGAUUCGUGUACACGGUUCGUUCUGUCGUUAGUGACGCUCGAGUAGAGUUCGGUCAAUGGUUGUUUAAAAUAGCGAGAGAGAGAGAGAGAUAGGAAGAGGAGGAGAAGAAGAUGCACGGCACAGGCAUGGAGACAGACGGAGCGAGAGAGAGAGAGAGAUGUGCAAUGACGCGACACGCCGCCUUUCCAUGCACGACAUACGAUCGGUUUUCAAUGGCCAGUUGCACGUUUCUUUCGAACCCAUCGACACGGGAAACGACGAUCGCAAUCCAUCCUGUCGGACAAUUGAAAUCAUCGCCUGUUUUCCAAUGCUCAACCAACCCCUCCGUCCAAGGGUUAAUCAAGGGUGCGUCCAAUCCUUUUCCCGAUUAAUGAGCGCCUGCGAAACGGGGCGCGUCGCGUCGCAUUAUUCUCGAGCAAGGAGCAGAGAUCGAAAACGAAGGAAUCAACGAAGGAGAUUAGGAAAAUCGAUCGUUUCGAUUACGAUCCCCAAACAAACAAAAGCGUUGAAUGGGGACAACUCGGAGGGGAAUCGUGUCGAUUUCGAUCGGCCAGCUGGAACGAAUUUUCAAAGCUGUGACGAUCGUAACGAGGAGGAGGGGAGGGGACGAUUAUCGAUCGUGCGGAGACCGUAUUUUGAAACGAGGGUGCUGACGGUGACGCUCUCCGUGAGCGCCAUGGUUCUCGGUGUCUCCAGUUACUCCCUGACGGAGUUCCAACAGCGCAGAGCGUUCCUGGAGACCAGGCAGAGUUUGGAGGUGCAAUUGGUGAUCGAGGAGCAGAGCACCGAGCAGGAGAGGUUGCUGCUCAGCGUUCUGCCCGAACACGUGGCGGUGAAGAUGAGGCAGGAUCUUGGCGCCUCGCUCGACACCCAGUUCAAGAAAAUCUACAUGUCCAGGCACGAGAACGUCUCGAUCCUGUACGCGGACAUCGUCGGGUUCACAGCCAUCUCCUCCACGUACAGCGCCAGCGAGUUGGUCAAGAUCCUGAACGAGUUGUUCGCCCGAUUCGACCAGCUCAGCGAAAGGUUCGAGCAGCUGCGAAUAAAGAUCCUGGGCGACUGUUACUACUGCAUCAGUGGGGCACCGAUAGAAAGGCCGGACCACGCCGUCCUCUGCGUUUACAUGGGUCUAUCAAUGGUGGAGGCCAUCAAGUACGUGCAGCAAACGACCAACAGCCCCGUGGACAUGAGGGUGGGAAUACAUACAGGGGCUGUGCUGGCCGGCGUCCUUGGCCAGAGGCAGUGGCAGUUCGACGUGUACAGCAAGGACGUCGAGUUGGCCAACAAGAUGGAGAGCAGCGGAAUGGCGGGGAGGGUGCACAUCUCGAACGCGACGCUGAGCUUCCUGAACGGGGAGUUCGAGGUCGAGCCAGCUCACGGCGAGGACAGAGAAGAGGCACUCCAGAAAGCGGGGAUCGUCACUUACUUCAUAGUCCGCGCGUUGAAACCCUUCAUACCGGCUGUGACCAAGAGUCUAGCCUCGCUCACGGACGCGGAGAACAGCAGGAGGGCGAUGGAGAACUUGGGGGAUGGGAGGAACAACAAGGAGGACUCGGAGGAGUUUAGGCAGAGGCUGAGGAAGGAGCUCGACAGCAAAACUGGAGGGGUGAAUCUGAAGGGUCACGCACACUGGUUGACCCUGCACUUCAAGGACCCGAAGGUGGAAUUGGCGUUCCACAAUGCCGAGGAAGCGUUCUCCCCCCUGUCGUUGCUGGGGGGCCCAUUGGUGAUGGUCUGUUCCGCUCCUGUUUGGAGGUUUCAACCGUGGGGGCCUUUCACGUGGGGCGGUAUCGGGGUCGUGGUGCUGUUCGCCGUUGUUUUGGCCGGCGCCACUUGUCUGGGCAGCUCCAUCAAAGCCAUGUGGCUGAGAAGAGCUCUUGCCUCGCUCAUGAUAUUCUCCCUCGGCCUCUUCCUCCUCCUCGAUAUGUUAAACUGCGUGGUGGUCGAGGAAACUAUCCCAUCGUUGAACUCGACCAACGUAACCCUGUCAACCAAGUGCCCCUACCCUUCCUACUACUCGUACAUCGGCGUGCUGACGCUGGUGGCCACCUCGAUGCCGACCUACAUAUGUUAUCUGGGCAAAGCGUACCUGAUGUACGCGACCGCGGGCUUCCAAUGCUUCACCAACAUCUGGCUACUCGGCUCGAGGCUCGAUUGGGAGGAUCACGCCUCCUCGCCCCUCCAACCAUCCGCAGUUCCGUCGAAAUUCUGCCUGUCCGUCACCCUGCUCACCGUCGCCACCUCUUUGGUCAUCGUCUCCAGAUACGCGGAGAAGUCGAGGAGGAUGUUGUACCUAAGGGGCAGGGAGGUGGUGGCGCAGAGGGAAAGGGCGGCCGACAUGAAACGGAGGAACGGCGCCCUCAUAUACAACAUCCUCCCGCCCCACGUGGCCGCCUAUUUCCUCUCGAGGGCGAGGCACCACGACGACCUCUACAGCCAGAGCUACGCCGAGGUGGGCGUACUAUUCGCCAGCAUGCCCAACUUUGCCGAUUUCUACAGCGAGGAGAGCAUCAACAACCAAGGCCUCGAGUGUCUCAGAUUCCUGAACGAGGUCAUAUCCGAUUUCGACGCGAUCCUGGAUCAGAACAAGUUCAAGGACAUCAUCAAGAUAAAGACGAUAGGGUCGACGUACAUGGCGGCGUCCGGGAUAACCGAGUCGGCGGAGUCCGAGGAGGCGCCUCGAUGGGGCCACCUGUCGACCCUGGUCGAGUUCGCCCUCGAGUUGAAGAAAGCGUUGUCGAGCAUCAACGAGCAGAGUUUCAACCACUUCGUACUCAAGAUGGGCAUCAAUCACGGCCCCGUCACGGCUGGGGUGAUCGGGGCCAGGAAGCCUCACUACGACAUAUGGGGGAACACCGUGAACGUCGCGUCCAGGAUGGAGAGCACCGGGAAGGUGGGCUGCAUCCAGGUCACGGACGAGACCCGCAAGAUCCUCGAGCCGUUCGGCUUCGGCUUCGAGCAGCGCGGCCUGGUGUUCGUCAAGGGUAAGGGUCAGCUGCUCACCCACUACCUCGUGUCCAAGGACGGCGUGUCCUUGAACCUGGACAGCGACCUGCCCGUCGAACCCACCCACCCGAUCAUCUAUCAGUAGGCUACGACUCUCGAAGGCUCUAAGAAACAAGGAGGGGAAGAACCCUUCCUCGUUCACGAAGGGGAGGGGCGCCUCUCGAAUAAAUAUCCUCGAGCCGUCCCGUUCGAGGUGGAAACGCUCCAAGAGGAUCCCGCCGUUUGCAUUUUUUUGAAAGAUGGAGAGAAGAGUUCAUUUUCGAAUUAUUUAACGAUCGUUCGAAGAGCAAUUGCUUUCGUCGAAGAGGCGUAUGUGUGUAUAUAUAUAUCAGAAGGAAAAAGAAAAAGGAAGAAGGGAAAGUCAGCCACCGAAGAAAAAUUCUUACUACCGAUCAUCGUGUCGAAGAACAGGGUACAAAAUCGAAGAAACAAUUAGGAUUAUUAAGGAACGAGAGGAAACGUUUCGUAAACGUCGUGGAUCUAAAAGAUCCUAUUUGAAGAAUCUGUCGGUGAAAAGAGAAGCGUGCAUCGUUCGCAGUAGGCUGGCUUCGAGCUCGAGCAAGAGUGACGGACGAAACUCGAAAGGAUAAAAAGGAAGAAGAAAGAGAGAAAGAAGAAACCAGUCGAAUCUUGCAUAUCUAGGAUAAUUUAAUUAGCCGAGAAGCUAAUUUUGAAAAUUCGAUCCAAGCGGAAUCGAGUACGUAAACUUAAAGAAAGUGUGUAUAGCUCGUAUAAAUAUCGUUGUGGUAGGAUAUCUACGCGAUCGUCGACUAUAUUUUUCUAGAUCCCGCGACGAGGGUCGAAGCGUGGUCAAUUAGGGGUAGGUCUUUUUCCUAACGUGGCUCGCGGAGAGUAUCGAGAUAUUCCUUCAGGCUUUCUUUCCAACUAAUUAUCGUUACUAAUUAUCGACUUGUGCGCUUUCUUACGAUCUCAAUCGUCUCUCGUGACCGUCGUGACACGACGUUCAAGCGAGAUUCAACGCGCUUCCGCUAAACAAUUUUCACGACACGCUCCGUCGUAACCGUGAUUUUUAAUUUUUUUUGCCCAACGAAUCCGAAAUUCGAUUCAUCGAUUUCGAGGCGAACGAAUUGACAAGAGUUUCCACUUUUUUCUCCUUUUCGAGGAAUCCAAAUUUCGCAGUGUCGUGAGAUUUUUGAGCGGGGGCGUGCGUGUGCGUGUGUGUACGUGUGUAGAGUAGAGUACGUAAUAUCUGGAAAAAGAAUAUUUCGAACGUCUUCUUAAACGGGGAUAAUUUUUUUGGUCCUUUCUCUCGAGGAAUUUCAGAGUCUAAUCGUUGUAAUGAUUUUCUCGACAUCGAUCGAUAUAAUUAAAUUAAUCGAAUUCGCGUCAUUUCUCGCGAACAUGUAAUUGUUACGAUUAUAAUUAAAUUAUUACCGAUCGUAUCGCGUCAUGUGUAAAUCAAUCGAAUCUCGAUUGCACGAUAAUCGUUGUACAAGAUCGAUGUGUAGAUACUACUGUCGAAAAAAGAAGAAGAAGAAGAAAAAAAAAGAAACACAUUCCAAAUAUCGAAAAUUGAAAGUAAAGGAAUUGUUAUGUAUUGUAAAACAAAAAAAAAAAAAAUCUCGUAGAAGCUCUAAAAAAAAAAAAAAACACUUUGUCGAUUACUAGAGCUCUGUUCUCGUAGAAUUUCGAAGAGGAUGUAACAAGGACGUAUUAAAAAAAAAAAUGAAAUUCAGAAAAAAAAAGUAAAAGAAGAAAAUGGAAUGGAGGAGGAAGAAAGAUCGGUGCAAUGGCGUCUCGUUAACCGUCGCAAGAUCCAGCCAAUCAUCGAGGCAAUUCGAUGUUCUGGAAAAUUAUCGACUCGUUAUUCUACAUUCGUGAACGCACGAUUGCUCCUAGAAAAUUUCCUUUCCUUUUUCGCGACGGUUGACGUAGACUGCGAUCCAGAAGAACAAGGGAAACGACAAGAAAUAAUAAAUAAGAUCCUAUCUAACUCUGAAUGUUUAAAAAAAAAAAACCGUCGUUUAAAUUAAGAGCAUCGUCGAAUCGAGAGGAAGAGUGCUCGCGCGUUGAAACUGAAGAAAGAAAGAAAGAAAGAAAGAAAGAGGACGACAGGUUAGAAAUUUACCGUUCAUUAACGUGGUCACGUGCAGAAUGUUCUCGUCGUGUUUGAACUACUGAAUACUUAUUUACCGAGGAGCGAAAAAAGUCUUCUUUGACGAAAACCGACAAGCCUCCAUAUAGUUUCGGUCCGACUAUAUUUUUCUGCAAGCAGAAGAGCCGAUUCGAUCUGUUGACCAGAGCGAGGAAGAAGUUUCUUAAGAGCUUAGAUCCGAUUUUAAUUGUCAACGUACAAGGGAUUUCACCGAGCUCUCAUCGCUAAACAACAGUCGAUUCCCGAGAUCGAAAUAAGACGAACUUUGCUCUUUUUCUUUUCCUUUCCCCCCUUUUAUCAUUUCAUUAUUCCGAGCGUUCUUUGCCGGAGAUUUUCGUACAAGAGAGAGAAUUAGAAUCUUAAAAGUUGGUCUUAUUUUGCCCUCGGGAUGAUCGGGCUUCGUGAAAGAUCCGGGUACGUCGUCGUCCAUAGGACGAUUCCACUGUGGGAGCGUAGCACUAUAGUCCUCGAACGUGAUAAUAACGAUUUAUUUUUCUACACUUUCAGUCGCCGAGUUGACAAAUAAAUAAAAUCCGUAACCGAAGGUGACUCGAGUACGUGAAAAAAAAAAAAAAGAGAAAAAGAUAAAAGAAAAAAAAAGACGCACACGCGAGGGAAACACAAGCGGGAUUGUGUUGGGAUUUAAUCCUUUCGUCGGUUAUAUAUAAAUUAUUCGAUUUGUAAUUCGUACCAUAAGUUUUUAAACUAAGUCGAGAUAGUGGAGAGGGAAAGAAAGAAAGAAAGAGAAAAAAGUAAUUCGUACUGUGAUUUUUAAACGACAUUUUAAACCACACCGAUCUAAAUUUUAAAUCCGAGAUAUUUUCAUUGCUUUUUCUAACGAUACGUCUUUACGCACGUUACGAAAGGAUUAAAGAGAGACACGAAUCAACGAAGGAUGAGAGAGAGAGAGAGAGUGCGAGUUAAGAGAAAAAACAAAAAAACGAGAAAGAAACGGCCUAAGCGCGACAACAGUGAUCAGACCUAUAGCUAGAUAAGGAGAAAUGGAAAGAGGGGGAGGGGCAAUCGAAGCAAAACCCUUCCGAAGGAAAAUCUUUUUUAAAAAUCCGUCGUUUAUAUUUUAGAAGAAUCGACAACCUUCUUAGACGAACCUCCUCAACUUGUACACCCUCGGGUCGUUACGGUUCUUUUUCUUUCUUGAGCUUUCGUUUUUUUCUCACCUGGAAGAAGAACUGCUACUACGUGAGACACGAUGAAUGAGAAAUUAUGCGUAUAUAAUAAAAUCGAAAUAAACGUAAAUUCUUCUCUAAGAGGAGAGAAGAGAAGGAAAGAGGGAAGGAGGAGACGAAUUUUCUCGAGUAUUUGCUUGAUUGAGAGAAAGAAAGAACGAAAGAAAAGAAGAAGAAGAAGAAGAAGAAGGGAGGAGGAAAGUUCGCUCGUUGAAUCUUUCUCCACUGUACUUCCAAUUGAUAUGUUGCGCGGUCCACGACACACAUCUCCGCAUACGCGACGGAUGAAUUAUAAGAAGGGAAAACGGACACACACGAGCAAAACGUGUACACGUUUGCCGCAAACGAGAUACUGUAAAGUAGCAAUAAAAAGGAGAAUCUCUUGUAAAUAUAUAAAGGAAGGAGGCGAAAUAUGGAAAGGAUGGAUGAAAGGACACGACAAGAAAGGAAACACGAUGGAUUAAUCCACGGUGGAGAUGCGUGUAUACUCGUGUAAACAGAGGAAUUAUAUCACUGUAGAUAUCUUAGCACCUUAUAGAUGUGAGAAUUCGAAGAGGGAACACUCUGUUGUAAACUUUCAAAAGUAUAAACUUCUUCAGACUAGGGAUACGCCGGGGGGAGGGGGGAGGGAGAGGGAAAUGGAAUCACGCGACUGUAAAAUAAUAAACGGCUUCUUCUUAGCCGAUGUCGAAUCGGUUCUCGUCUCGAUCGUCUUCUUCUUUUUCUUCUUCUCCCCCUUCUCCUUUCAUUACCUUUCUCCCAAAAAUUGCUACGUAUUCUCGUUUCUUUUUCAUAUUUACUUCGACUGCGUUCAAUGAAAAGUUCAACCUGUGCGAGUGGUAAGUGAAAUACGAUCUGAAUACGAACCCUUUGGAAGGAUACAAGGGAUGGAAUAAAUUAUCGAAAAAAAUCUUUAUUCGGAAUAUAUAGUUUGAACAAA